UGGUUAUUUUUAGGACUCCCCCCUCCCCUCCCUCGGUGUUCAGAUGGUCCGGUCCGGGUCAGAGGAAGGGGAGUGGUAGGGGAAAUCUUCAACAAUGACUUCAUUAACAUGAUGCCCAACAUGACCAGUACUACUGGAAUUUACUGCUUUAUUACAACAUUGGAUAUAUUAUUUUUCCCUCUGGACUUAAUUCUUUGAACAUCUUUAUGCGUCUGACUCUACAUCCAUUCUCACAUGGAAGUUUGUUAAACUUCCCUCCAUCCAAGAAGAAGCAUGUUGAUCACAAAGAUUGAAGCCAAGGAGGCCUGCGAUUGGCUGCAAGCGGCCGGCUUCCCUCAGUAUGUGCAAUUAUUCAAAGACUGCAGGGUUCCCAUUGACAUUGAGUGGGCGAAGCGUGAUCACCGCUUCCUGGAUAAGGAUGCCCUCGAUUCACUCUGCAGGAGAUUAAGCACUCUAAACAAAAGUGUGGAAAUGAGGCUGGAGCCACGGAGAUCAAAACGCAGGGGAGACGACUUUGACGAAGAAGACUUCUGUGCCAUCAGCCCCAACUGGACCUACGACAGGCGGAUCCGACGAUGGCGUCGCCUCAACUCCGCGAUGGACAUCCUUUGCUUGUCUGAAAACGCCACCGGACCCCAGAAUGCUUCUCUGUGUGACGUCGGCGACCGACAUGACAUCUGCUCCAUCCACAGCUCCAGCAGCACUGAGAGCGAGGGCCACAACGGACACCACAAGGGUCACAGAGACGCCAUCACAACCCCCUCAGACGACCAGGAGACCAGCAGGAGCUCCUCCCGCUGCUCCUCCACCAACAAGAUGCAUUUUGUAGACUCCUCAUUUAGUGGACCCCCCUCCCCUGAUGGAUGUGGUGGAGGAUCAUCCACCAUGACUCCGGAUUCCGAAGGCUGCCUCCCAGACAAACCGCCCAGGAAGAAGGGCACCAGUCUGCUGAGGAAGAUGGAGAAACUGAGGCUGAGGGGAACAACUGGCCUCCUCCCUUCUGCUCACAGUGGUGGUUGUAACAGCGAGAGUCGGGCCCGGCACGUUAUCAGUAGUCCUGUUCAGGUCCAGCAGGAGGAGAGGAUGGAGAGGCUGCACUGCCCGUCAAGCUUGCAGGGUCGACCCGACAGCCGUGUGUCCUCCUCGCCCUCGUCUCCUCACACCAUCAGCAGCAGCAGUAGCAGCAACAGCCACUCUGAAAGCAGCAGCAACGUCAGUACGCCCCGCCCGGUCACCCGGGUCAGGAGUAACUGCAAACGCUCCAACAGCGGUGUCGGGGUCGUUGGUGGAGCGACCUGGAACAACCAGAACCACACAGGAACAGAGGACUUCAGGAACCAGAUCAACAACAACAACAACAGCAGCCCCGAGAGUCUGAUCUUCCAGGUCCCCAACGGGCACAAACCGGGGACCUUCCCCACCUCUCUCUCACACAAACGCACCCCCCUCUCCCCCAUUAUCGACGACACCUCCGUCAACUGGAGGACCGGGAGUUUCCACGGCUACGGGGGGCGACACAGUUGCCGGCAUGGCACGUCAUCACUGGCCACUGGUGACCAGGUACCAGGAGUCCCCAGUCCGCUCGCUGUGCUGGAUCAUCGGCUGAGUAUCUACGACAACGUGCCUGACGACCAGCAGCUGUCUGAAAGUGAAGUUGGCAGUGGCGGAAGUGGCAGCGAUGCAGAAAGGAUGGGUGAAGAAUCAGAGGUGGGUCGACUGUUGGCAGGUGAAGAUGUUUUCUCUGCUCUGGACUGCAUUUUGGAGAGGAUCAGCAACCUCCAACAACUGGUGUCCACGUGGUCUGAAAAUCUAUCCGAGGACGACUGUCAAAGAGGUUCCUCCUCCUUUUCUUCCUCCUUGUCCUCGUCUUCCUCCCAGGACUCAACUGGUCACGGCUCAUCGGCAGCCUCCCCGUGCCCGUCUUCCCCCAGCCACGUCCACCUGGAGGCGCAGCAUCCAGAGGAGACGGAGGAGGUGAAGAGCCAUGAGGAGGUGCCUGUGAAUGGAGAGGAGCCAAAGACCAGAUCACCACAACCCAGAUGCAGCAGAGUGAGCCAGCAGCUGCACUGGUCCAGCGAGCAGAACCUGCCCUCCCUGCCCACCAGUCCGGGAGUGGAGAGCCAGUCCGUGUCCCAGUUCCUCCUGCUGCAGAAACUCUCCCUGCUCAAACUCACCGCUCUGAUGGACAAAUACUCCCCGUCCAGUAAGCAGGGCUGGAACUGGACUGUUCCUAAACCGCCGAGGAAGACUAAGGUGAUGGAGGUGAAAGGCCGGCGGGUUUUUGGGGUUCCUUUGCUCCUCAGCGUCCAGCAGACAGGAGAGCCACUUCCACCCAGCAUCCUCAGAGCUCUGGUCUACCUGAGGACCGAGUGUUUGGACCAGGUGGGUCUUUUCCGCAAGUCAGGCGUGAAGUCUCGUAUCCAGUACCUCCGUGAGCUGGUGGAGUCUGACCCAGACGGCGUUUCGUACGACGGCCAGUCUGCCUUCGACGUGGCCGACAUGGUGAAGCAAUACUUCAGAGACCUGCCUGAACCCAUCUUCACCAGCAAACUCUGCGAGUCCUUCCUCCACAUCUACCAAUAUUUUCCCAAGGAUCAACAGCUGGUUGCAGCUCAGGCGGCCAUCUUGCUUCUUCCCGACGAGAACAGGAUGGCGCUGCGAACGCUGCUGUUCUUCCUGCGGGACGUGGUGGCCUGCGUGGACGAGAACCAAAUGACUCCAACCAACAUUGCAGUUUGCCUGGCGCCGUCACUUUUCCACCUCAACACCCUGAAGAGAGACGCCAACGCACCCAGGUCGAGUCACAGGAAGUACAGCCUGGGACGCCCAGAUCAGCGGGACCUGAGUGAGAAUCUGGCUGCCACCCAGGGACUGGCCAACAUGAUCACCGAGGCUCACAGACUCUUCCAGCUUCCAGAGUUUUGGCCUGGUCAGCGUUCUGGUGCUGCAGGCUCCAGUGAGGACUCCCUCUCUGAGGGAGGAGGAGGCCCGUUGUCCCCCAGUCACAGUGGAGGUGAGGAGGAGCUGGAGAAGAGAAGGAGCAAGCUGCAGCUGAGCACCAAGCACCUCCUGAAGGAGGCCAGGGAGAAGAGCAGAGGCUGGGAGAGCCAUCAGGCUCCAGAACAUGUGGAUCUGGCCUUCAAGAAGAUGGACGACGGCUGCCUGCUGUGGAUGUGGCGCGGCUCCGUGGAGGUGGAAGUCCCCGAGAAGGAGCUGCUCCAUCGGCUGCUGAGGGAGCAGGAGCUGUGGGAGGGAAGCCUGCGCCAGGCGGCCGUCAUCCAGACCGUGUCCAAGGAUUCCGAAGUCUACCGCUACCUCCUCGAGGGCCAAGGCCACGCCCUGAGCUCCCGGCUCCCACAGGAGCAUCUCCUGCUCAGGACCUGGCAGGCGAUCCCUUCCUCCGGCCCUCUAUACCUGUCCUCUGUGUCCACGGAGCACCCCGAGGUGCUGUCGGAGGGGGUUAGGGCCCACGUCCACUCCUGCCUCUACCUGCUGGAGCCCACCGGAGCCAGGAAGACCCGACUGACGCACCUCUGUCGCACAGACACCAGGGGCCGGUCCCAAGAGUGGCACAGCAAAGUCAGCGGCCAUCUUCUGGCCUCCGGUCUCCUGGCGAUCAGGAACUCCUUCAGAGCAGAACACAAAGAGACCAACAUAUGAGUCGAUGCAGAUGUGGAGGCUGAGGAGGAUCAAGUACUCACCCCUAACUUGUAGUCUGGUUGAACCGCGUCCCUUUCCUCAUGGCAGAAUGCUGGAAACAAGAAGACAACGGCAUCCUUUUCACAAGAAUUUCUCUAAGUUUUUCAAAGUGGAACUCGUGGCCCAGAGCACAGCGAGCAGGGAAGGUGACCUGUGAGGGCUUCCCUGAAACAUUUGAACGGCAGUCUCUUUGGCUUUCUUUUCAACUUGCUGUGUAUGUUCCCUUCUUUGUCAGUGACCUUGCAGUUUGCCGGCAGCACUCCCUGCUGCGUCUGUUACGCUUCACACUCAAGUUCACAAAAAAUAAUGCAAACCCUGGCGAGCUCCGAGGACGUUUUGAUGGGAAUAUGAAAAGCUGAGGCCUGAUUUGACUUCUGAGGAAAAUGGGCGAGAUGGAGCAAGUGGACAGAGUUGUGACAUUUUAACUUUGCCCAGUUUUUUUUCUGUUCCUAAAACAUGUUAUCCAGAAAAAGGGAAUCGCAAAUUGAGUUAUCGUUCUCUCCUGAAGACGGAGAAAGAGGCAGGGGAAACGCAUGGCAGCUGCCUGGAUGAACACAGGAAAUAAGGACAGGAAACAGAAUUUUAGCCACCAGACAUUUGGCUUCAGUUGAAAGGGAAGAGGAGAGAGAAGGCAGGAGGACGACGGCAUCUGUACUAAACCCACGACUAGGAACAAAGCAACGUCACGGAGAGAAACGAGACACGGCAGCCCUGAAACACGGUGAGGUCACUCGAUGAAGGGGUGUCAGAAACCACCAAUCCUGGUGUUCCAACGCCACAUGAACUGAACUGUGGAGGUGAAAUCAAACACCCAAAGACUAUUUAUUUUUCAGACGCGGCACAAAGCAGCUGGAUCCAGCUGUGACAAGGUUUCAACACCCUGCCACCCACGUCCCUUUAUCCCAUUUGAGUGACUGUUCUUACUUUUUUAAAAUCACACUUGUGAAUUUUGACCCAUUCGAUAAAAGGACAAACACACGUGUGUGUGUGUGUGUGUGUCAGUUCAAAGACGGGCGAUACCUACCUCUCCACAGGACAACGCGACUUUAAAGUUUGA